UCUUUGUGGGUCAUUGAAAAGGUGCUGGUCCAGAAAUCUGAAAACACAGGAGUUUUCACAGCGUCGAGGCGUCCCGCUCGUUGUGGAACGUGCGGAAGCUUUCUCACAGAAUGGGCUUAUCAGGCGCGGCUACAGAUUCUUCAUCUGGUCCUUAAUUAUCCAAUGGCGUAAAAUCGUUCGUGGACUGACUGGUGAAGCUCCACCCGCCACCACGGACUGCACUCUGGCAGCGCCUUGGAUCUCGUGACCGUUCCACAUGCCGGUGGUGGAAAUGUCCACCGGAACCUGUAGCCACGCGACAUGCUCCACGCGGACACCACGACUCGGGAAGGCUAGUGUGGAGUUAUAUUGUGGAGUAUGGAGCCGUAGAUCAUGUUAAAGAAGGCCAUGUCUGGGUCGAGGCGAGCGAGCCUUUACUGCACUGUUGCACCAACCUCCUCCCAUCGUCUACUUUGCUUCGAACAUGGCUAUCCCUCCGAAACUUUACCAAUUUCUCGUCGGCGUCUUCGCCUCGGUCGGCUCGGUUCUGUAUGGGUAUGAUCUUGGUGUUAUUGCAGAAGCCAUUGCUUCCCAGAACUUCAUCGACACUUUCCACCCUACCGCCGCCGAAUCUGGCGCUGUCGUCUCUGUUUUCACUGGUGGUGCAUUCUUCGGCGCUUGCUUUGCUGGGCCUACGGGAGAUUGGAUCGGCAGACGCAAGACUAUCCUCCUUGGCGCUCUGAUCUUCCUUGUGGGCGGCGGCCUGCAAACUGGGGCACAGUCGUUGUCGUACUUGUACGCCGGAAGGUGUAUUGCUGGGUUGGGAAUAGGUUUCCUCGUCAUGAUCAUUCCGCUCUAUCAGGCUGAAAUUGCACACCCGGACAUUCGAGGUCGUGUCACUGCGCUCCAGCAGUUCAUGUUGGGCAUCGGUGCGCUUGUUGCUACAUGGGUCGGCUACGGUUGCUAUACGCGGUUUCCAGCAGACUCCAGCAAGCAAUGGCGUGUCAGUCUUGGUAUCCAGAUCAUUCCGGCCGGCAUUCUUGCCAUGCUCAUCCUUUUCUUUCCUGAGUCGCCAAGAUGGCUUAUCGAUCAUGACAGAGCAGAGGAUGGCCUUCGCUCGCUGGCGAAACUCCACGCUCACGGCGAUGAGAAUGAUGCGUGGGUCCGCGCAGAGUUCGAACAGAUUACCGACAGCAUCCAUUUCGAGCAUGCGAAUGAGGCCAAGUCAUAUGCCGAACUGUUCACCAACAAAAGCUCCUUCCGCCGCCUCUUCCUCGUCUGCGCGAUCCAAGCCUCUGUUCAAAUGACUGGUGUAUCCGCGAUUCAAUACUAUUCUCCAACCAUUUUUGCACAAAUUGGCAUACCAACGAGUAAGACACUGGAGUACCAGGGGAUCAACAGCCUCAUAGCUCUUGCGGGAGAGGCUGCCUGUAUCCUGCUCAUCGAUCCUCUUGGUCGGCGAUGGGCACUGAUCGGCGGCAACCUUGCCAACUGCGUAACCUUUAUUAUCGCGACCGCUCUACUGGCGAGUUUCCCGCCGGGUGUCUCACGGAAUGUAGGGGCUGGGUGGGGUUUUACAAUCAUGACCUGGCUGUACAACUUCUCCUUCAGCGCCACGUGUGGGCCUUUGAGCUGGAUUGUGCCGGCUGAGGUCUUCGAUACGCGAACCCGUGCCAAGGGUGUGUCCAUUGGUGUGAUGGUCAGCUUCGCCUUCAACACCUUGAUCGGCCAGAUCACUCCGAUCGCCAUGGCCUCUAUUGGCUGGCGCUUCUACAUUCUUUUCGUCGUUUGCAACUUUACGAACGCCAUCUUCUUCUGGGCAAUUCAGCCCGAGACGAAGAAGCGGCCACUCGAAGAGAUGAAUUAUCUUUUCACCAACGCUCCACUAUUCGUCCCAACGAUGAACAUGGCGGAGUUUGAGCAGCAUGAUCUCGAGAACCGUGUUGCGGAGGUGGAAAGGAAGACUAGCGUUGUCACCUAUCAGGAGGACGUGAGGAUGUGAGUGAAGGACUGGGAAUGACCUCUCGCGUCACCCAUGCAAGUCUACCACCAACUCGUGCGAUGUCGGGCGGUCGAGGCCACAGAUCAACAUGCAGACGCUGAAUGACCAGGAGUAUGCUUCGCAAUGGACCGUUCGAUUCUACAACGUCUCACCGUUCUGUACCAAAUGAGCCAGCUUAAACAUGUACUCGAGUGCGACCAUAAUUAUAUGCC